UAGAUUGUGAGUUCCAUUGCGCCAGGAGCAAAAUGCUGCAAAUAUAUUGCCAGUAUACAAAUGAAGAAUGGUUGGUAAGAUUAUAUUUAGGCAAUCAGACUAGAACACAUUUUAUCUAUGGGAAUUUCACCUUUACAUUUUUCAUAACAGAUGAUUUUAGGGUUCAGUUGUGAAUUCUAAAACCAAUAUGAGUACAGACAGAAGCAGGGAGAAAGAAUUGUUACUCGUAUGAUGGGCCAUGAAUGCAGCUGGGAGUCACCUGAAACUUGUAUGAAAAAUAGUACAGUUACCACGUUAUAUAUAUUCUUGAAGUUAUCCUGCAGAAUUGAACAAGAUGUGUCUUGUCACAAAACUAUGAGAUCACAUUGGGUCAUUAGGCACCGCUUUGAGCUACGUAUAAAUUACAGGCACAUUCUUGCUUUGGACGAGAAUUGUUUUUCCCCUAUACCUUUUCAGAACCUGAGACGUUAUUGGGCAUCAGCAGCGAGUUGUCCUUUAUGACUUCUCUCCAGUUCCAGGAUCUAAAUCUAAACAUGAAGCUGAGUGUCCUCCUUUCAGCAGUGGCCGUGUUCUGCAUUGGAACCCUGGCACAGAACUCCGAAAGUGGAGAAAGGCUACCAUUCCAGAGCAAAGGCAAGGAUGCUUGUGUCAUGAGCCCCAACGGCCAAGGUGAAAUCCGCUUAAAAAUUGAGUGCAAAAACCAAGGCAAGUCAUACUCGUGUGAAUUUGCUGGGAAACCAUCUUACUGCCGCGCCUACAACAGAGAUAAAACUGGAUUCUGGAAAAAGCUAAGUGAGGAUCUAUCAAAAGUAACCAAUCCAUGCGAUGCACAGGUCAUUAAGCACAGCCUGUGCCCCAAAGCCCCUUCUCAGUCUCAGCUCCGACAAGUUCAUGGAAGCCCACAAUCUGAUACAUCUAAACCUGAAGUAAAGCCACCGGCACCGCAGAAGACAACAACGAAAAAGCCUCCAGUGACCAAGAAACCUGCUGCACCCAAGAAACCGGUAGAAGAACCAGAGAAUCCCAAAGCAAUGAAGGUUGCAAAGGAACGCUGCUGGUGGUACUUCCAAAAAUUCUGCUCCUACAUGAUAGAGAUAUUUAUGAGCUAAAGGGGGUGCCCAGGUCACUAUCGGAAUUGCUCUUUCCGUGCUCAUUUCAUGUUAGCGUGAGACUGUCCGUGUAAAUACCAGACAUCUUUAUCGUCCAUUCUUACAGAAAAAGCCGAGCUGGGACUGAAGUUUUUUAUUUUGCUUUGGAACCCCCCACAUUCUCCAGUGGAGCUGCUGUACAUAACAAACCUGAACUCUCUGUCCUCAUACACAGCUGCUACACAAUUCUGGGAUAUUCAUGUGCUUUUUUUCAUAGAUAUAUUUUACAAAAUGUUAAACAAAAUGCGUAUUUAUAGCAGAGAGAGUCUCCUCAUCAGUUCUAUGUUUUGUUUAAUAAUAAAUGCCAUAAAACAGUUCUGAAAACUUGUUUCUUACAUUGCUUUGAUAAAUAUGUAUUUUUUUACUUGAAAA